AUUUCCUGAAGAAGAUUCAGAUCAUCAGACAAUCGGUCUGUAUAAUACUGCAAAAAAUAAACUUAAUCAAGGCAGACUGCACACAAGAAUUAAGCAGCAAUGCUGCAGGCAGUCCUCUUCUGGGUCGUGCUGGCUGCGGUUCUCCCACCUCCGACCUGCCAGUCAUGUUUCCAGGGUAAAGCGGCUCAGUGUCAGAACGCAGAGUUCGCUCCUGGAUCUGACCUGGCAGGGGAAGGCUUUGACAUCACCAAGAUGCAGCGAAAGGGGGCCUUCGUCAUCGAUAUGAGCACCUGGAUGACCAAGAACAAGACCUGCACCCUCUGUAAAAACCCCUACAUGGAGGGGAAGAAGCAGAAGCUUCCCCGUUCAGUGGUGGACUGGAGACCCAGUCAGAAGUGCAGCAUGAAGGUGUCCAGUUCAGUUUACCAGACCAGUGAAUCCCUGCUCAGCUCCAGCACCUCUUCUAUUGACAACAACUGGAAAGCAGGUUUGGGAAUCGAUGCUGUGAAAGGUGCAGGGUCACUAAUGCUGGCCGGUUCUAAUUCCAAACUGGCCGAGUACUCGAUGGAGAAGACCAAGAAGGACAAAUUCAGCUUCACCAGUCAUUCAGUGUCAUGUGGAUACUACAGUUACAGGGUUUCAAGCCAUCCCACGUUGCACCCUGAGCUGAGGAAUGAACUCGGAAGACUUCCCAAGAAAUAUGACCAUGAAACCAAACACAGCUUUUACAAACUCAUUGACACCUUUGGUACACAUUACAUCACUAAGGUAACCUUGGGUGGAGCAGUCCAUGCAGUCACCAGCAUCCAGCAGUGUCAGGCAGCCCUGCAGGGUCUGAGCGUGGACGAGGUGAAGAUGUGUCUGGACGUGGAGGCGUCUGCCAGUGUGACGGGAACCAACAAGGCAACGUCAGAGUUUCAUCACUGUCAUAGAGUCGAGGACAAAACUCUGAAGAAGAAGAGCUUCUCCAGUAGCUUUACUGAUAGGCUUACAGAUGUGAUUGGUGGACACACUGAGAAUGCUGAGCUUCUGUUCUCUGCUGAUAAAGACCCUGCUGCCUAUAAGGAGUGGCUCUCCUCUCUGCCCAAACACCCUGAAAUCCUUUCCUACUCACUCGACUCACUCCAUGAGCUGCUGCCCAAAAAGAAGCCCAUGCGAGAGCAUUUACGGAACGCCAUCAAAGAUUACAUCCUACAGAGAGGCCUGUUAAAAAACUGCUCAAAACCUUGUAAAGCUGGCAUCAAAACCGACCCCAAAGAGCCGUGCAUCUGCAGCUGCCACAACAACAAGGGGGUCAACUGUGACUGCUGCCCCACCCGCCGUGGCCUGGCCCAGAUCACCGUCACUGCAGUCAGAGCAACAGGACUGCAUGGAGACUACUUAAAAGAGACAGAUGGAUACGUCAAGAUCUUUCGCAAUGGAGAGACCUUCAUUGGAGAAACUCCUGUGAUCCAGAAGCAGAACUCACCUACCUGGAACUGGGACUUUAAUCUGGACAUCAACGACCUGUCUGAUUUUAGCAGUGUAAGGAUAGAGGUAUGGGACCGAGACAACAAAUGGGAUGAUGAUCUUCUUGGGGCUUGUGAGGUCCAGCUGACAGCAGGGGUAUGGGACGACUUCUGUAGCCUAAACCAUGGAGUUCUGCACUAUAAACUCCAGGUGACUUGCAUCCCGAGUUUAUCUGGCUCCUUAUGUUCUGAGUACGUGCCCUCUCCCAUUUCUCCUGAGCUGGAGAAGCUGUAUGUUUCUCGCCAUGCCAGACGUAUUCCAGCAGACAUGCUGCUGGAGAUGGGGGUGCUUUUAGACGAGCGCAUUUUCAGUUUCAAUCAGAGUCACCAGUUUAAUUCAGGUCUCAAAACGGAUAAAAAUAUUAUCCUGUGAAGCAAUCAACUAUCAGAUUAAAUUCUUUUAUGGGUCUAAAAAAUCUAAAUAUAAUUCUUUACAAAUAUAGAGGUAUGUCACAUUCACUUUAAAGGAGAACUCCAAUGUGAAAUUGACAUGGUAGAAUGGGUUUUAACGGGGCAUAUUUUGCCUCUGCAGAUACAUUGCUUUUUACACUGUUAUCCAGGCUCAAAUAGCUCCACACCUCCUUGAUAGAAUCCGGAGAGCCCUGACAUUUAAAACGAGGCAUAAAUAACUUUAUUUUAUAACGAACUCUGAUCCGUUUGUAACUGUAGUGCGGUUUGGUUGAGCAGGUGUGAAAAUAAUAAUCGCACUCGGGUGCGGAUCAAAAGAACCGGACCGAGACCGGCUAGAGGAGGUGGUCUCGGUCCGGUACCAAACGAACUCUGGAGCGGUUCGCUUGUGGUGAGAACGUGAUCCGGACUCGAUCGGAUCCAGCUAUUAAAUAUAAGCCAUUUAUUUGAGCUAAACUGCUGAUAAAGCAAGCACAGUUUAAACUGAUAUAUUAGCCAGAUAACGCUAAUUACCACAGCUGUGAACAAACACUGUGUCCAGGCACGCGCUGCAUUCACUGCUCUGUUUAUUAUGUAUAAAUCUGCGCUGCAUUCAUAGCUCACAGCCGUGUGACUCUGUUUAUCAUGUAUAAAUCUGCGCUGCACGUAGAAACACUGUGUUUGAAAGUGCAGCGUUUCAGCAUUCAGUGUUAAAGCACAGAUAUUUGCGCUGGAACACAAAAUCUUCUCGCUGUAUUUACUUUUUUCGUAUAUUUAUAUUUAACGUACUUCCGUGUCAGACAGCUCUAACCAAUCAGAAGACACAGGCUGCUCACGUGGUUUAUUGGUGCACAUUUUGGUGCGUUUACAUUUAUGUCUGUGUGAAACCAGACCGAACAGAGCGAGAAAACGCUCCAAGUAAACGAACUCAUUAACUGAUUCGGACCAGACAAACGAACUACAUGUGUGAAAACGCCCUAAAAGUACACAAGAAGCUUAAUAAAAAACAUUGUUUAAACCUGUCGCAGGGCUCUCCAGAUUCUAUCAAUAAGGUGUGUAGCUACUUUGUGUCUGGAUAGCGAUGUAAAAAGCAAUUUAUAUGCAGGGGCAAAAUAUGCCCCAUUAAAACCCAUUCUAGCUUGUUUGGACAAACUGCACAAAAUUGCUGGAUCUCGGAAAGCUGCAGGAGAACGGAGGUGGGGCUAUUCAACAAAUGUUUGUACUCUUAACCAUGGUUUACUACAUCAAAAGUCAAUUUCACACCGGAGUUCUCCUUUAAAGUAGCUUUACAUUUUUCUUUUAAAGGGGUUUGUUUUUUGCUAUGUCCAACGUGCAGCCAUAGUAAUUAAGUUUAGACAUUUCGAUUAGAGUUUAGCUAGUUUCAGUAAAUGAUUAAGACUUUCAUUCAAAACGUGUAAAAACAAAUUCUUCUCACACUGUUUUCUUGGGAAAGCCACCCCUUUAAGAAAGUAACUUCUGACGUCAGUGACAUCACAACCUUCAUACUGCAUUCCUUUAAAUAAGACACCUAAAGAUUGACUUAGGAAUGAACUUGGGGUGUACUUAAACAUAAUAACUAAUAACAAAAAAAUAACAUCCUUUGUUCCCCAGAAUUCCGAAAUACAAUGCUUUUAAAUUUGCCCAUACAUUAUUUUAACACCAAAAUAGCUCCACACUUCAUUGGUAGAAUUCUGAGAACCCUAACAUUUAAAACAAGGCCCUUAGAACUUUGAAAGGGUUCAGAUAGUUUUUUUAAAAACACUGGUAAUACACACAGUACCUUGAGGAAGUUAAUGUUUUUUUGCAUACAUUCCUUUUUGCCUUGAUAUAUCUUGAUGGAUGUGCUUUAAGAAGAAUACCCAAUGUGUUGAAUACAUAUAUAUAGUGGCGUGAAAAAGUAUUUGCUCCCUUACAAAUUUAUUUUAUUUUAUUUAUUUUAUUUUUUAUUUUAUUAAAAGCUAUUAUUUACAAAUAGAGAAAACAAGGAACAAUGGUGAAUCUUUCAUGGAGUGACCGGCCUACCAGAUUUACUCCAAAAGGGCAUGCAGAAUUCAUCCAGGAUGUAAAAAAGAAAUCCAGAAAAGUUAAAGGAGAGUUCCAAGGUAAAAAGCACUGACAACCAAAAAGAACACAAAUGCGCAGUUCUAGCGCAGAAAAAUGGGCAAAAGAGUCUAAAAGCGGAGAGAGUGUUCAGUUGGGGCGCAGAAAAAGGGCAAAAGAGUCUAAAAGUUGUUGUAAUUAAGGAGUAAUGUAAAAGAUAGAUAAAGAUAGUGAGUCAAGUAAAAGUAAUCAGGAAAAUGUAUUAAUUAAAGUGGUAUAUUUCAUUAUUUGUUUUAUUACAGAGUCUGUGGCCCGUGACUUUAAAUAUAUUUCUCCUUCUGGUCCCCAACAAAAAAAGUUUGGACACCCCUGCUCUAAAGAGAUAUUAUCACACACAGAAGAUUUCAGUUGUUGCUGCCAAAAGUGUGUCACAACCAAAUUAUUAGGUUUAGGGGACAUUUUUUACAUAGAGUCAGGUUGGUUUGGUUAGAUGUUUUGUUCCUGUAAUAAAUAAAAUUAUUAUUUAAAAAAUAUAUAAUAUAUAUAUUUGCUCGAGUUGGUUUUGUCUGGUAUUAAAAUGUGUUUGUUAAUCUAAAUAAUUUAAUUAUAAUGAAAAAGCCCGCAAAAAAAAUGAAAUCUGUAGGGGCAAAUACUUUUUCACAGCACUGUAUGUUAAUAAAAGAUAUUUUAAAAAGUUCUGUAUCAUUUGCACACAUUGUGAAUGCAGCACCAGCUUUAAAGCACAUUUUCCGUAUACUAAUUGAGCAUUUUAUUCAGUGCUUAUGUGUUUGUCCUGCCUUGCAAUCUAAUAAAAAAGUUUUAAAUGCUUUAAAACAUCUGUUCACACUUUGUAAUGCUUCUCCAAGAUGACAAAUUAUUGUCAUGCCUGUUGAGAAAAUAAGAAAGGUACAUCUGGGUAAGUGAAUAGUGAACCACGAAAAAAGAAACAAGGCAAACCACACGGCCCAUGUGACUUACAGAAAAUGAGCACGGCUAUGUGAGUGAGUGGUUGUCGUGCAACCAAGGUGGUCGAAGGUGUCA